CCACUCGCAUCCUAGAGAUAACUUGGAGCGGAGGGAUGGCCUCGGGAGGCGGACGACCGGGCGGGAAGGCGCUGGCCCUUUAAGGGGGGGACGGAGCGCAUGCGCGGCGCGGGCCGGAGUCGAGCCGGGUGGGCGGCAGGCGAGCUGGGGACGCGGCCGGCGGCAGCUGGGCCCUAGGGCAGGGGUGGCCGCGGCGGCCCGAGCCUCCCCGAGCUGCGGAGCCUUGACCUGCGCGUGGACCCCGCGUUCCGCGGGCUGCUCUCCGGGGACUAGCGCCGCUCGCGCUCGCCGAGGCUUUGUCACUCUCCUCCAGCUUCCCCGGCGGGCCGUGGCUGCGCGAGCCUCUGGGCUUGCCCUCCCCCGCCCGCGGAUCCCUCCUCCACCCCUUAGCCGGGGCAGCGGUUCCCACCCCCGAGCAGCCGCGGAGCAUCCUUCGCUCGCCCUGGCCGCGCCACCGCCCAUGCUGCAGCCAGUUGGGGGCGGCGACCCCGCGGUCGGAGCCCGCCGCUCGGUGAGCUCAGCCUGGCCCCCGCGCGCCGCCCGAGUCGGCCCCGCUGAGCCCCGGGCCCCGGAGCGGGACCCGCGCCCCGCGAUGGCUCGGGUGGCGCAGCGCGGCGCCGAGUGCCCGCCGUCCGCCCGCUGAGACGCGCCCGGCUGGGGACCCGAGGGGCCUGGGCGCUCCCCGCCGAGCCCUUCCCCCUUCUGGGAGCUCCGCGGCUGCUUCCCGGGGGCUAGGGGCCGGGGAGCUGAGACAAAGCCCACUUUGUGCGGGGAGCUGACCGCGGGCGUGGAAUGUGCGCGUCGGCGCGCGCCCCCUCCCCGCGCCCCGCUAGCGGCGGGUCUUGGCUCCCGGACUCAUCACCUCGGAGAAUUCGCACCCCCUCGCCGCCCUCCCGUCCUGGGGUCCCGGCUCGGAGCUGAGGGAGCCUGGAGUCACUUCGGUGCCCCCCAGAGCACGCGCAGCUGGUGUGUGGGAGGCCUCCUGUGAGCCACCUACUUUUUCCUGCCUCCUGAUACAUUCUCCUGCCCCCGUCAAGAAUUUGGGGAUGCCAGGGGGGAAGAAGGUGGUCGGGGGUGGCGGCAGCAGCAGUGCUGCUCCCACUGCCCCUGCGGCCCCCUCUGGGGUCAGGCGCUUGGAGACCAGCGAGGGGGCCUCAGCCCAGAGAGAUGAUGAGCCAGAGGAGGAAGGAGAAGAGGACCUGCGAGAUGGAGGCAUCCCCUUCUUUGUCAACCGGGGUGGGCUGCCUGUGGAUGAGGCCACCUGGGAAAGGAUGUGGAAGCACGUGGCCAAGAUCCACCCCGAUGGAGAGAAGGUGGCCCAGCGGAUCCGUGGGGCCACAGACCUGCCCAAGAUCCCCAUACCGACUGUGCCUACGUUCCAGCCCUCCACACCCGUCCCUGAGCGCCUGGAAGCCGUGCAGCGCUACAUCAGGGAGCUGCAGUACAAUCACACAGGGACACAGUUCUUUGAAAUUAAGAAGAGCAGACCUCUGACAGGGCUGAUGGACCUGGCCAAGGAAAUGACCAAAGAGGCCCUGCCAAUCAAAUGCCUGGAAGCUGUGAUCCUGGGAAUUUACCUCACCAACAGCAUGCCCACCCUGGAACGCUUCCCCAUCAGCUUCAAGACCUACUUCUCAGGGAACUACUUCCGCCACAUCGUGCUGGGGGUGAACUUCGGGGGCCGCUACGGCGCCCUGGGCAUGAGCCGGCGCGAGGACCUGAUGUACAAGCCGCCGGCCUUCCGCACGCUCAGCGAGCUCGUGCUGGACUACGAGGCCGCCUAUGGCCGCUGCUGGCACGUGCUGAAGAAGGUCAAGCUGGGCCAGUGUGUGUCCCACGACCCGCACAGCGUGGAGCAGAUCGAGUGGAAGCACUCAGUCCUGGACGUAGAGAGGCUGGGCCGCGAGGACUUUCGCAAGGAGCUGGAGCGGCACGCCCGCGACAUGCGGCUCAAGAUUGGCAAAGGGACCGGCCCUCCCUCCCCAACCAAGGACCGGAAGAAGGACGUGUCCUCCCCCCAGCGGGGCCAGUCCAGCCCCCACCGCAGGAACAGCCGCAGCGAAAGGCGGCCUUCGGGUGACAAGAAGCCUUCCGAGCCCAAAGCCAUGCCAGACCUCAACGGGUACCAGAUCCGAGUGUGAGGCGGGUGGCAGUGCCCCGGCCUCGCGCACCUCUGCGGGCCAGGAUCCACCUGCCAGAACCAGCCUCGCUCACUCGUGGGGAGGGGGGCAGGUGAUGGGCGGGGCAAGGGGCAGCAGGAAGAGCGUGUCCGAGCUCAGCCACCCAGGCUGCUGCCCCUGCCGCUGGGCCAGGCCCCCUAACUUUGGGCCGAGAGGCAGUUAGUGUUGUAUUUGGAGGUUUUAACUCAACAACUGAAGUUUAAGGUAUUUGGGAAAAACUUAAAAUGAAUGGAUCUGCCAGUGGCUGGAAGGCUAAUGCUUAGGAGAUCUAAGUGCCCCUGCCCCUGGCGUCCCUCUGGGAUUUGGCUCCAUCCUAUCUACGGGAAACCUCCCGGCCCCACUGGUCCUGUGGCGAGACGGGGGUGCGCGGGGGGAGGGACGGAAGUGUUUUUUCAGUUAUGCCUGCCCUGGCAGGAUCUUGACCCAGGGAAAGGGAACCAGGGUAGGAAUCACACUGGGAAAGGUCGCUGUGGCCCAUAUCUAGAGCUUGGCACAGGCCACACCUACCCCAAGAGUGGGAGCCCCUGGCCCUGGAGAGCCCCAUGGACGGUGUAUGGGGGCCGACACUGCCUACUGGCACAGCCCCGUGCUGGGGUGGGUUGUGGGCGAGCCCAGGAGCGAACCACAGGGGACGAGUUCCCGGGCCCCUGCUUGUCUCCUUGCUCAGCCCAGCUCUGCCUGUUGCUGAAGCCGGGGGCUCCCUGCAGAGGGGCUGAGCUUUGCUGAGGGCCCAGAGUUGCGCUGGGCUCAGAAUGACUGUAGGGACUGAGCAGACCUGGGGGGUUCAGGAACCAUGGCUGCGGAUGGGGUGGGACACUCAGGCCUGGGUCUGGCCCCCGGCAGCCCCCGGGGUGGACACUGCUGCUCCCCUCUUUCUCUUACCUCAGCACUGGCUGGGGAAAUGAAGACCAGACCAGGAUGCUUGUGCCCCGGGCCCACCUGCUCUCAUCUGGCGGCCUGUCUAGGUUUGGGGGUCCUCGGGAUGAUCAGGCCUGUUGCAUGUGGCUCGUCAGGGGAAAACCUAAACAGCUGGAGUCUGCACAGCCUGCACGUCAGGCAUGAGAUAGCUGGUAGGCAAGUGAGAAUUGGUAGAGAAAGGUUGGCUGGGGGAACGUUCUGGUGGCUCAAGCGACAAGGAGGUGUGUAGAGCAAGGGUGCAGUGUGGCCAUGGAGGAGGGGCAGAGCCAGAGAGCUGGGGGGUGUAAGUGAGAAAAGGAUGUGGGGGAGAGUUUAGAAUCAGGCUGCCUUGGGGAUUAGUGAGUUCCCUAUUACUGGAAGUAUUCAAGCAAAGACUAGAUGGCUCCUUGUCAGAGGUCUGUAGAGGGGACUGAGGUUAUGGAAGGGUAGCUGGAUGAGAUGACUGUUAGGUUUCUUUUUACUGAGAGGCAGGGGCAGCUGGCUGUAAGGCUGCAGGGUCCUGGGGCCUGGAAGAGGGAAGAUCAGAACUAGAGUUGUCAACUUAAAUGCCUACAGGGCCAGGUGAUUAAAAGGAGAGCUGCAGGGCUGGGUGGGGACUGUGGCCAACUAAGGAGGGCAUACCCCAUAAAGUGGCUGCUGCUGCUCAGCUUUCUCAGAGCGCAGGCCCUGCCUUGCCAGACUGUCUGAUAUUUUUCAGAGGCCAGAACUCCGAAUUUUUAUGUGAAAUAUCUGAUUUUGAAAUGUUGGCAGUUGGUUCAGAAAAUUUUAAAACCCAACGUGAAAGAGAAUGCCAAUUUGUAAUCUCUGAAGGAGAGCGAGCUUGUGCUGGGGAGAAGUCCACAGAGAUACUUAGAGGUGGCUGUGAAAGUUCUAGGCCUCCUGGAGCAGCCUGGGCCGGAGCAGCUUCCUCGUCACCGAGGCCCCUCCCAGAGUGGGCAGCUGCCCGUGUUCAUCCUGCUCACUCUCCCUGCAGACCAGAGACAGAUCAGAGACCCCCUGCAGCUGCUGUGUCAGCAGAGGGAGGGGAGCAGAAUAUAGAGAGUGCGGGCCUCAGCCUGGCAGGGCGAUGGAUGGUGCCUGAGAAUCAGAGAAGGAGGGAGGGAGGGACAGGAUGCCUGUGCUGAUGUGAGUGCCUGUCAGGGAAGGCACCAGGGGCUGGCAGCUCUUCCAACCAGCAGCUCUUGGCCUAGAGCCAGGCCCAGGAGCAAGGCCAGCUGGUCAGUCCCUUGCCUCGCCAACUUCCUAAUGGGGUCAGUGGGCCCUGGGGAGGUGCCCGACCUUCCCCAGUGCCACACCCCUGCCAGACCAAUCUGAGGGGCAUUGUGACCCCUGACUCACCAUCCCAUCCCAUCCCAGCUUUCGGGGAGCACAGAUGGUGGUCCCUGUCUUUCCACAUUCGCCUGAGGCAGAGAUGGCUCACUUUGGGAGGCAUGAGGCUGAAAACGAGGCCUUUUCUGGGUCUGAAAGUGGGUGCUCCCUGUGGGCUGUUCAUAGGCAGGGGAGUGGCCCCAGAUGCCCCUGCGCACGACAGUGCUUGAGGUGAAGAGGUGUGUGAGGGAGCUGGGGUCAGGGAGCUGGGGAAGCUGCUCCUGUGGGGGAGCCCAGAAGCCUCUGACCCACAGGCUCCCUCCCGGAGUCUUGGGGAGGAGGAAGCCGAAUGAAGCCCCGUCCCCUACUGUGUCUGCCAGCGAGGGAGCUGAUGACCCCACACGCAUAAGCCCCUAGCACUCCCCUUCCUAGCGGAGACCUCGGCCUGUGGGGACCACCACAGGAGAUAGUGGUGCUUUUUAGUUUAUUUUUAACUGUUUCUCAUAUGUAGCAACCUCUCCUCCCCACGCGGGCGGGCGUGUUUACACGGGCUCUGCUCCCUGGGGCUGCCUGGCUGCAGAGUUUCCGGGGACACAGAGGCAGGGACUUUGGGGCCUUAGUCACCAUCACCUCAUCUCACUUCCCGUGAGGGACAGGGGCUCGCUCCCCCACCCCCUACCCGGCUCAGGACUGCCUUCUAGCACUCAGCCAGGCCCCUCUGCUCGUGGGGUGGGGGCUGCCGGCUGAGGAGGGGCCAAGGUGAGGUCAGAGGAAGCGGCUUGAGGGUGGGUCGAAUGGGGGUGAUCACGUGGUCUCCCCAAAGCCUGGCUCCUGUGCUGAGGGCUGGGUCAGAACACUGGGAAGCUGGGUUAGAGAGCCUUCCCACCCACCUGACUGCCGGUCCUCUCCCUCCCAUGGCCUCAGCACAUUGUCACGUCCCCUCACCCAUCACGCCAGCCACCCCAUCCUUCCUGGGCGUGGCCAAGGGGGGAUAGCAGCAGCCCCCGGCCCAAGGGCGCGAUGAUGAAGCCUAGGGCUCUGAGCAGAAGAAAGAGCCUGAGGUUGGCCUUAUCUGGUUUCCAGCCCUCUUUGUCAUCUCAUGCCCCACCCCUUCCAGCUUCGACUUGACUUCCUGGCUCUGGGACAGUCUGAUUCUGGCCAGUAGUGUGCCCAGAGGCCUGUGUGCCCCUGUGCGCCUGGUUCUCUGCUGGGAUGUUUUCUGGUUUAGCUGUGUUGCAUCCCCAGGCCCACCCUCUGGCUUCAGAAUGCAGGGCCGUGCGAGCUGGGCCUGCAUAUUGACUGUGUUCUUUGUGCAAGAGCUCGACUGUGUUGAAAUCCCCACGUCCCUGUUCCCACUGAGAACCGGGUGUGCAGGGCAGGGAGAGGAGUGUGCGUUGGGAGGCAGGAGGUCUGUUCCAGGCCAGGCAGCACUGCCCAGUGCUAGCUGCCAGUCCGUCAGGAUUGACUCCUUGCCCUGUCUUGGUGCUCCGGAGUCCGAGUUUCCCUUCUUAAAGCCUGAUGAGAGAUGCAGCCAGUGUGUUUGUCCCGGAGACCUGGUGAUGGCGCCGCCCCCUCCCUUAACUUUGUGUUGGGCUGCGUGUGGUCCUAGGCUUUGUUCUUCUCAUAUCAGUAUUGCCCUCCCCUUUCACCUUUACACUUCGUCUCAUUCCUGUUCUCACUUUCCCCUGAAAUGAAUAAAGUACCCCCAGCUCCGCUGUGUGCGCUGGGCGGAAACCACUGCAUA